AUGUCUUCUCGUCUGCCUGAAACCAUUGCAGAAUGUCUAUUUUUCUUGAACAGUGGAUCCAGUACUGAGCAUCUAGGCCAAGCUACCUCAGAUGUAGAAGUUCAGAAGAGAGCCUUACAGACUCUGUCUUCUUUAACCGCAGUCAGUCCCCUAAAUAGGAACUUAGUUGCACAAACAGGAAUUGUUUCUACUCUUCUUAAUCUUUCAAGAUUCUCUUCUUCGCCGACCAUCCAGUUUCUGUCACUAUCGAUUCUCUUCAGUCUCUCUUUAAAUUCUAACCUCAAGCCACUGAUAGCAGAUAUGGAGAUGAUUCAUCAUCUCAAUUCUUUGAUAAUUUUCCAAACUUGUCCAGAUUCUGGAAAGAUGGCUGCUUCCCUGAUUUGUAGUUUAGCCAUGUUAGAUAAGAAUAAAGCUGUAUUUGGAGUUGCGGGUACAGUUCAAGCCCUUAUAAAAUCCCUGGAGUAUCAACCCCCUUGUAUCAACACUCAUCAUGUCCUCAGUUCUUUAGCUGAGCUUGUUCAGUUUCAUGGGAACUCCACCUUAGCUGUACGUGCAGGAGCCGUCCCUGUACUGAUUCAAGUCGUGAGGUGCAAUGACGGUGAGCUCGCAGGAACUGCGCUUUCUAUUCUAGUUCUUCUGGGAAGGUUAAAAGAAGGAAUCGAUGCCAUAAGAAAUACAGAAGACAUUUUGAGUUUGAUGGUUGAUGUAUUGAAGAGAAAAUGUAUGAUGAGCAAGGAAGGUUCAGCUGACCUCCUCCUUCGGCUAUUUGAAGAAAAUGAAGGUUGCAUAAAAAGUGCAGUAGAAUUUCCAGACUUCUCAUCUUUAGUCGCUGAUCUUUCUGUUCGAGGUUCAGCUAAGGCCCAAGAUAAAGCUAGUUUGAUACUGAAAAAGAUAAUGGAAGUAAAUUCGGAUUCUUAUAGCGAAUCUUCUGUGUUUUAUAUUUAG